UAUCCACUUUGGUUCACAAAAACCAUAAUCUAUGCAUUAAUAUAACACUCUUUAUACUAUACUAUUAUAUACUAUGUAUAUUUCUCCCAACGAAAGGUAUGAAUGUAUUUAUAUACUAUAUAUAUUUCUCCCAAUGAAAAGAGUGUGUUUAUAUACUAUAUAUAUUUCUCCCAAGUAUAGGUAAGGGUGUCUUCUCCUUCUCAGCUUCUUCCGUUGACUACCAAAUGGAACAACUUAAGCCAAGCGCUGCCAACUCUUCUCCUCUCACACCGCUAGGUUUCUUGGACAGAGCCGCCACCGUUUACGGCGACGCCCCUUCCAUUGUCUACAACCACACAACCUUCACCUGGGCCCAAACCCACCGCCGAUGCCUCCAGCUCGCCUCCGCCAUCUACUCCCUCGGAAUCCGCCGUGGCAGCAUCGUCUCCGUCGUCGCUCCCAACAUCCCCGCCAUGUACGAGCUCCAGUUUUCCAUCCCCUUCGCCGGUGCUGUCCUCAACAACAUCAACCUCCGCCUCGACGCCCGCACCAUCUCCGUCAUCCUCCGCCAUGCGAACUCCGCGCUCGUCUUCGUCGACUGCGCCUCACGCGACCUCAUCCUCGAAGCCUUGUCCCUCUUCCCUAAACACCACACUCAACGCCCACUACUGGUUCUCAUCGCCGACGACAGUGUCGAAAACGCAGACAUCUCAUGCUCCGGUGAUUUCGUUGACACAUACGAGGGCCUGGUGAGCAAGGGAGAUCCGAACUUCGAAUGGGUACGGCCCAUAUCGGAGUGGGACCCGAUGAUUCUUAACUACACCUCAGGAACGACGUCGUCUCCGAAAGGGGUUGUUCACUCCCACAGAGGAAUAUUCAUAGUCUCCGUCGACACGCUUAUCGACUGGACUGUUCCCAAGAGACCAAUUUAUCUCUGGACGCUCCCGAUAUUCCACGCUAACGGGUGGAGCCUCCCGUGGGGUAUCGCUGCCUCGGGCGGCACCAACGUCUGCGUCCGCAAGUUCGAUGCGGGGAUUAUUUACUCUCUCAUAAAACGCAACCACGUGACACACAUGUGCGGCGCGCCGGUGGUGCUCAGCAUGUUGACAAACUCCCCGGACAACAAACCGUUGGAGAGGCCAGUUCAUAUACUCACGGCGGGAGCACCGCCGCCAGCGGCGGUGCUCCAUCGGACGGAGGCGCUCGGGUUUGUGGUGAGCCACGGGUACGGCUUGACGGAAACUGCGGGAUUGGUGGUGUCAUGCGCGUGGAAGGAGAAAUGGAACCGGCUUCCGGCGGCGGAUCGGGCGCGGCUAAAGGCGCGGCAGGGGGUGAGGACAGUGGGGAUGGCGGAGGUUGACGUGGUGGGUCCCACCGGAGAGAGCGUGAAGCGCGACGGGGUGAGCGUCGGGGAGAUUGUGAUGAGAGGAGGGUGCGUGAUGUUGGGAUACCUUAAAGACCCCGAAGGAACCGCGAGUUGUUUUAAAAACGGGUGGUUCUACACAGGGGAUGUCGGGGUGAUGCACGAGGACGGGUACAUGGAAAUUAAGGACAGGUCAAAAGAUGUUAUCAUCAGCGGCGGCGAGAACCUGAGCAGCGUGGAGGUGGAGUCGAUUUUGUAUGGGCAUCCGGCGGUGGUGGAGGCGGCGGUGGUGGCGCGACCGCAUGAGUAUUGGGGAGAGACGCCGUGCGCGUUUGUGAGCUUGAAGGCGGGGUUGAAAGAGAAACCCAGUGAAGAUGACAUAAUAAAGUACUGCAGGGAGAAGAUGCCGCAUUAUAUGGUUCCGAAGACGGUGGUCUUCAAGGAUGAACUUCCGAAGACAUCGACGGGGAAGAUCCAGAAGUUUCUCCUGAGACAGAUCGCGAAGGAGAUGGGUUCUUCAAUGCAAAGUCGAAUGUGAACACUACAAACAAGAGCUUCCGUCCAAAACUAGUGUCAUUAUCGACCUUUCCUUACCUCUGUCUUUAGCAUUCACCAUUUUCUUUGUUUAUUCAUGAUCCACAGAUACCUCGAUCUGUUUUUACUGUACCUGAUCAUCAUCUUUUUUUCAAAUAUAAAUAUUUUUCAUCAAAUUAUUUA